ACAUGCCGUGCUCGCCGUGUAGGAGGGCUCCGGACGUGGAUCACCGACCCCGCGGACCCCGCUCGCUCUACGGGCUGUAACCGGUCGCUCCAGAACACGAACGAGAGUUUGACGUCCUGCGUGUUUACAACGACAUGGGAAAAAGACCCUAAUCUGUCCAGUAAGAAUGUUUCCGUUGCACAGAGAGAGGGAACAGCCCAUCUUCAGCACCCGAGCUCAUGUGUUCCAGAUCGAUCCCGCCACCAAGAGGAACUGGAUCCCGGCCAGCAAACAUGCGGUCACCGUCUCCUUCUUCUACGACGCCAACAGACACGCCUACCGCAUCAUCAGUGUGGGCGGGACCAAGGCGAUCAUCAACAGCACGGUCAGCCCCAACAUGACGUUCACGAAGACGUCACAGAAGUUCGGUCAGUGGGCGGACAGCCGAGCGAACACCGUCUAUGGCCUCGGAUUCGCCACGGAGCAGCAGCUGCACCAGUUUGCUGAGCGUUUUAAAGAGGUGAAGGAAGCUGCGCGUCUGGCCAGAGAGAAAUCACAGGACAAGAUGGAGCUGAGCACCGCAGCUCUCAGCAUCGCAGCGCCUCAGUUCUCUCAGGACUUGUCUGACGAGCUGCAGUCUCCUCCAGUGAUGUGUGUGAACGGUCCGGAGGACAAGCUCUUCCGGAGCCAGAGCGCUGACAUUACUCUGUCCUCAGAGAAGGAGCGCAUUAAGAAGAUGCUCUCCGAGGGCUCGAUCUGCGAGAUGAAUCUGGAGGCCGAGCUCUUCACUUUACAGGACAGUAAUGCUAAGCUGGUGGCGGCGCUGCAUGAGGCUAACGCUAACGUGGAGCAGUGGAAGAAACAGCUGGUGGCGUAUCAGGAGGAGACGGACAGAUUACGAGAUCAGGUGGCUGAUCUGGAGGCUCACGGCGGUCAGGGACCCAGCGACAUGCUGAAAGACGAGCUCACUCAGUCCCUGGAGGAGCUGGAGAACCUGCUGAAGGCAAAGGACGAGGAGAUCCGUAUUCUCCAGAGUAAGAAGUCCAACUUCCACGAGCUGGAGCAGGAGAGAGAAGAAGCCAUUCACAGACUGCAGGAGCUGGAGAUGCGUAACAUGGAUCUGGAGCGGCGUGUUCAGAGCGCCGAGCAGACCCUGGCGUCAGCGCUGGAGGAUCGAGAUCGCGCCGAGAACGAGGUGCAGAGGGUCGUUCAGAUCCUCGACGUCAAGAUCUUCGACCUCAACGACCUCCGGCAGAGUCUGGUCAAGCUGAUCAGUAAAUAGCUCGCUCUCCCUGCUUUCUUCUCUUGGCUCCCAUUUGCACUGAAAAGCUCUUUCUGUCGCAGUCUAGCAAUAACGGGGUUGAGGAUGUCGGGAUGGCAGAAGAUGAACGGUGUUGUAACGCUACGCUUUAUUUUUGAUACAGAAACACUAGUGCUGUGUGACGUCUUCAUGGGAUCGCUCGUUCAUUUUUCUCUUUCUUUUCGACUACGCGCUCAAACAGGGCCGAAAAAAAUGAUUCACAAAUGCAUUCGAGAUUAAUUCAUAUAUAUAAUUGAAAUUUUAUUUCAAAGCAUUAUUUAGUGCUACAUUCACGCAAGAUUUUUAUUUAUUUUUGCCAUCUGCGUUUAAUUAUUUCACAUCAUUAUUUAAUCGUAAAUAAUAGUAUAUCAUUAAAAUUGCAACUAAAUAAACUUUUAAUAAUAUUAAAAUGAUCAUAUUUGGAUUUCUGCUCAAUUCUACUUGAGCGAGUUAUGUUAAUGUAAAAUUAAUUUCCGUGAACACUUCAAAAAAAUCGAUUUAAAAAUGCAUUGCGUAAACUUUAGCAUGAAGGGCUGUUAUGUCAAAUAAAAAAAAGUCAAAUUAAUUGACAAUAUUUCAAAUUAAAACGCAACAUCCACAUUCAGUUAUUUUAAUAGCAAACACUGUAGUAUUCUAAUAAUUUAAAAAAAGUUUAUCGUUUGCAAAAAAUGACAUUUCUGAAACAUUAAAUGUGAGCAUGAAUGGCUUUUACGUAAAAAAAAUCAAAUCAAUUUUUACUUAGCACUUUAAAAGAUUAGGUUACAGAAUUGAAUCCAUUGGGAAUUGAAUCAUGACUCUGUGAAUCGGAAUCGAAUCGAAUCUUCAACGAAUGUCGCGCGAUUCAGUUCAUAACCAAAACCAAUUAGUAGCGAAGGUCUUAGUGGCUCAAACUCCUGGGAGAAAUAUGAGCGGAAACGAGUUUAGAAAGUGAUGAGUGAGCUUUUGUGGCGUUGGGUUGGUUUCGGUGAUUCAGUUUAUCAGCUGGGAGCGAGUGGAAACCAAAGACCAGCUCGAGCGUGGCGCCGAACGCCUCUAUAUGUUCAUACUGUGGAAUGCUUAGUAUAGACGACCGCACCGAAAUAGAGCAUUAAAUAUUAGCUGCAUCGGCAGAGAUAUACGAGUAGGUAGAAAUAAACAAUUCUGUUACGAUAGGACUUUAAGAUCCCUCGAAGCCGCGAGGGGAUUUAUACUUAAGAGUAGCUGUAGUUCUUCACCGAGGAAUGGACUGGUGAACGUGCUGAACGCGUCUAGUGUAGUUGCUCCGGGCAGCUCUAAGGCUUCAAACUUUCAUUUGAUUAAAGUGCAGGAAGAAAACGAAAACGCGCUUAAAAUGUCCGUCCAAGAUUAGCAAUGAGGUUUGGAGAAACGCAGCAUUGCAUCACUUGCUCUGCAGCCAAUGGGUGCCGUCAGAUCGAGAGCCCGAACAGCUGAUACAAACAUCACAGUCCUUUUUUUCUGAUAUUGUAUGUUAAAUUUAUUUAUUUUUUUAAUUUAGCAUUUUGCAUUUUUUGUCUUUGUGCAGUGAUAAUUUCAUAGUACGUUUUUAAUUUAAAAAUUCUAUAGUUAAACUAUUUAGAUGACUAUGUUAAAAUAUUUCAAUUUCAAUCAUUUAGUUUACAAAAAAAAGUGUGAGUGUGUGUGUGUACCUGUGAGUGUGUGUGUGUGUGUGUGUGUGUGAGUGAGUGUGUGUGUGUGUGACUGUGUGUG